AUGGACCCCAUGAACCGGACAUUUAUCACCGAGAUCAUACUCUUGGGGUUUUCUACCAAUCUUAAAAUUAAUAUUGUGCUUUUCUUUCUAUUUUCGGUGAUCUACGUGAUAACUGUUGUGGGAAAUGUUCUUAUAAUAAGCCUGGUCAUAAUCAGCUAUGACCUGCACACCCCGAUGUACUUUUUCCUUUGCAUUCUGUCCUUUGUGGACUUAUGUAACUCAUCCUCAGUUGUGCCGCGUUUGCUCUCUGACCUGUUCAGUGUCCGGAGAGCGAUCCCACUCAGCGCUUGUGCGUUUCAGGUCUACGUGGCUCUCCUCAUGGGCGGUACGGAGUGUCUCCCCCUCGCUAUUAUGGCUUACGACCGCUUUGUUGCCAUUUGCCGGCCCCUCCACUAUUACGUUAUCAUGAGAUGGAGUAUUUGCCACCGGCUGGCCAUCUUCCUGUGGGUGACAAGUUUUAUAGUGUUUGUUUUUCCUUCACUUGCCACACCCAUGGCCUUGUGCAAUCCAAAUGAGAUCAACCACUUUAUGUGCGAGCUUUUAGCCGUCAUGAAGUUGACUUGCCAACAUGUCUAUUCAAGUGAACUUCUAGUCAUGAUUGUAUGUUUCAGCGCUCUCCUUCUCCCAUUUCUGUUUAUUAUAGGGACUUAUAUUAGCAUCAUACAUUCUGUCCUAAAGAUUCACACGGGACAGAGAUUCAAGGCUUUUGCCACGUGUUCCUCUCACAUUACCGUGGUGGUUUUAUUCUACGGGGCGGCAAUGGUCAUGAACUUUGGAGCCUCAUCACAGUACUCAACAAGCCAAGGGAAAUACAUCUCUAUCUUUUAUAAUGUUAUUUGUCCAAUGCUAAACCCCGUCAUAUACAGUCUCAAUAACACUGACGUGAAGAAGAAAUUUAAAAGCUUCCUAAAACAGCAAGACAGAAUAGCUAUAUAA